ACGAUGUGGGUUACCAGCGGGAAUUUUUCGCGUAUGGCAAAGUGACGUGGCCACGAUUUGUUGCCAUUCGUUUGUGCAGUUAGGGUUUGUUUCUCUGCAAACAGACUACUACUACGUCAUUUCACAUCGAGUUUGAUUUCAAAAGAGAGAGUGACGAGGUUUUCAGCAAUGCUGACCAAGUUUGAAACAAAAUCGGCCAGGGUCAAAGGCCUCUGUUUCCAUCCGAAGCGGCCAUGGAUCUUGACCAGUUUACAUAAUGGCACUAUACAGCUCUGGGACUAUCGCAUGUGUACCAUGCUGGAAAAAUUUGAUGAGCACGACGGUCCAGUGCGUGGGAUUGGAUUUCACCAGCAGCAGCCGCUGUUUGUAUCUGGAGGUGAUGACUACAAGAUCAAAGUGUGGAACUACAAAUUGAAGAGAUGCCUUUUCACUCUACUUGGCCAUCUUGAUUAUAUCCGCACAGCAGUAUUCCAUCAUGAAUACCCAUGGAUUUUAAGUGCAUCUGAUGAUCAGACGAUCCGCAUUUGGAAUUGGCAGUCAAGAAAUUGUAUCCAUGUCUUGACUGGUCACAACCAUUAUGUGAUGUGCGCCAACUUUCAUCACAGUGAAGAUCUGGUUGUAUCUGCCUCCUUGGACCAGACAGUCAGAGUGUGGGAUAUCUCUGGUCUGCGUAAGAAGAAUGUUGCCCCCGGGCCGGGAGGCAUAGAGGACCAUGUCAAGUCUACCAUGACUCCUGACCUGUUUGGAUCCGCUGACGCUGUGGUCAAACACGUCUUGGAGGGUCACGAUCGAGGUGUCAACUGGGCCUGCUUCCAUCCCACUAUGCCACUGAUUGUUUCAGCCGCUGACGACCGCUACGUCAAACUGUGGAGGAUGAACGAUGCCAAAGCCUGGGAGGUAGACACCUGUCGAGGUCAUUAUAACAAUGUGUCUUGCGUGACCUUUCACCCUCGCCAGGAGCUGAUCCUGAGUAACUCGGAGGACAAGAGCAUCCGUGUUUGGGAUAUGUCGAAAAGAACAUGCAUCCAGACGUUCCGUCGUGACCAUGAUCGCUUCUGGGUCAUCUGCCCUCACCCAACCCUCAACCUGUUUGCUGCUGGACACGACAGCGGUAUGAUCGUCUUCAAGUUGGAGAGAGAGCGUCCAGCCUUCGCUGUCAACGGCAACAUCCUCUACUACGUCAAGGAGCGUUAUCUACGCAAGCUGGACUUCACUACCUCCAAGGAUACUGCUAUCAUGCAGCUACGAGGAGGUAGCAAGAGCCCAGUGUACAGCAUGUCUUAUAACCCUGCUGAGAAUGCUGUACUUGUCUGCACUCGGACCAGUAAUGUGGACAACAGUACCUAUGACUUAUACCAAGUCCCCAAAGAGAGCGACAAACAAAACCCUGACGCUCCUGAAGGAAAGAGGUCAUCUGGUCUGUCUGCCAUCUGGGUUGCAAGGAACCGCUUUGCCGUCAUGGACAGAACUCAUGCCGUCAUCAUCAAGAAUCUUAAGAAUGAGGUCACCAAGAAGGUUCAAACGCCGACCUGCGAUGAAAUCAUGUACGCCGGUACUGGCAUGCUACUGCUGCGCGACAAUGACAAUGUCACCAUGUUUGAUGUGCAGCAGAAACGCUCAGUUGGAACGGUGCGUAUCUCAAAGGUUCGCUACGCCAUCUGGUCAGCUGAUAUGUCCCACGUGGCUCUUCUUGGAAAGCACACGCUGGGAAUCUGUAAUCGGAAACUUGACAGCCUCUGCACAAUCCAUGAGAACAUCAGAGUGAAGAGUGGAGCUUGGGACGAGAGUGGAGUUUUCAUCUAUACCACUAGUAACCACAUCAAAUACGUCAUCAGUAAUGGGGAUCACGGCAUCAUCCGCACACUGGAUGUUCCUAUCUACAUCACCCGUGUCAAAGGUCAGAAUGUCUACUGCCUCGAUCGCGAAUGCCGCCCUCGCAUCCUGAGCAUCGACCCGACUGAGUUCAAGUUUAAGCUGGCGUUGAUCCAUCGCAAGUACGACGAGGUGCUGCACAUGGUGCGCACUGCUAAGCUGGUUGGCCAGUCCAUCAUUGCCUACUUGCAGAAGAAGGGAUACCCAGAGGUUGCGUUGCACUUUGUCAAGGAUGAGAAGACGCGCUUUGCUCUCGCUCUGGAAUGUGGGAACAUCGAGGUUGCCUUAGAAGCCGCCAGGGCCCUUGAUGAUAAGAGUUGCUGGGAGAAGCUUGGGGAGGCAGCCCUUCUACAAGGGAACCAUCAGGUGGUUGAGAUGGCUUACCAACGAACCAAGAACUUUGAUAAGUUGGCCUUUCUCUAUCUGAUCACUGGUAAUCUGGAGAAACUGCGCAAGAUGAUGAAGAUUGCCGAGAUUCGCAAGGACACCAGCGGUCAGUUUCAGUGUGCCAUGUAUCUGGGAGACGUUCAGGAACGAGUUAAGAUACUCCAAACCUGUGGACAGAAGGCUCUUGCUUACUUGACGGCCGCUACCCAUGGAAUGGCGGAAGAAGCAGAAGCACUCAAAGAAGAAUUCACUGAAGAUGAAAAGGUCCCUGAGAUCAAUUCCAACGCCCAGCUACUACAGCCUCCUCCCCCCAUCAAGCAGUCGGAGGACAAUUGGCCCCUCUUGACAAUGUCUAAGGGAUUCUUUGAGGGCGCCAUGCCCCGUGGGAAGGGUGGAGUGUCGAUGGUUGCCGAUGCCGAGAUGGAGAUGGAGGAGGAUGGUGGAUGGGGCGAGGAUGCAGAACUGGUUCUGGAUGGUGGUGAUGAGUUUGAAGAUGCUGAGAUGAUGGGAGGAGGAGAUGAUGAAGACGGAGGAUGGGACGUAGGAGAUGAUGAUUUGGAGCUUCCUGCUGACCUGGAGAUUGCUGGAGGUCCGAUGGCAGGCUCCGGGGAAGAGGGGUACUUUGUCCCUCCAGUAAAGGGUACCAACCAGGCUCAAGUCUGGUGCAACAAUUCCUCUCUACCAGUGGACCACAUACUAGCUGGUGCAUUUGAGUCUGCCACAAGGCUUCUUCAUGAGCAAGUUGGCGUGGUUGACUUCACCCCUUACAAGUCCCUCUUCAUGCAGACCUACGCCAGAGCAAGAACAGCGUACCUGGGUUUACCCAGCCUCCCCCCACUCAUGGGCUACCCGCACCGAAACUGGAAAGAGUCCGGUUCCCGAGGCGGUCUGGCAGCGGUCAGCCUAAAGCUUGGUCACCUGGUCCAGAGGCUACAAUCCGCGUAUCAGUUGACCACAUCGGGAAAGUUUGCCGAGGCGGCGGAACGCUUCCGAGUCAUUCUGCUCAGUGUUCCUCUACUGGUGGUGGACAACAAGCAGGAGAUAGCAGAGGCACAGCAGCUCAUCAACAUCUGCAAAGAGUACGUCUUGGGAUUGACGAUGGAGAUUUAUCGUAAGGAGCAGCCGAAAGGAAACCUGGACGAUCAGAAACGUAACUGCGAGUUGGCGGCCUACUUCACACACUGCAACCUGCAGCCUAUACACCAGGUUCUUACACUCCGUACAGCUCUCAAUCUCUUCUUCAAGCUCAAGAACUUUAAGACGGCGGCUUCGUUUGCUCGCAGACUCCUUGAGCUCGGCCCUAAGCCAGAAGUCGCUUCACAGACACGGAAGAUUCUAUUGGCGUGUGAGAAGAACCUUACGGAUGCACACAAGCUGAACUACGAUGAGCAUAACCCAUUCGACAUUUGUGCAGCAACCUAUAAGCCUAUAUACAGGGGAAAGCCAGUUGAGAAAUGUCCGCUGAGUGGGACCUGCUACCUGCCAGAGUUCAAGGGGUCAAUCUGCCGGGUCACUCAGGUCACGGAGGUCGGCAAGGACUGCCUGGGACUGCGAAUCAGUCCGAUUCAAUUCCGUUGAGUCAUCACUUCCAGACGAUGGCGAGACUUACAGAGCAAAAGUUGUUAAAGAUUUAAUUGAAUUCAGCUUCCUCUGAAUCCUGUACUUUAAAGUUUUUGUUUUUGUUUUUUUGUAAGAUGGUAAACAGGAAAAUGCAAUUGAGGUUCAACAUUAGUAAACAAAUCUUCUCUUUAGGAAUAGUAGAGCAAACUCGUGAAAAAAAAAAACCCAGAUUUUGGGGGCACUUCUUUUAAAGAGGAAACACUGUGUUUGGGUUUGAUGGGGGGGGGUACUUGCUGCCACAUACAGUAUAUUGGCCUCGUAUAUUUUGACCAAACUGAAUGUUGCACUGAGGCGAUGACUUUGAAGUUGUCUUCAUGAUACAGUUUACAAAGUUGGGAGAAUCCACUUCUGUUUUUGUUUCAUCCUUCGAAUUAUAUUAAUCUAUUGAAUGAACUGUGUUUCAUCCUUCGAAUUAUAUUAAUCUAUUGAAUGAACUGUGUAAAGAAAUACUGGGGUUUUGUCGAGUGAAAUGUAUCUUGCAGACUGUGUGUUUGACGAGACUGUACUAAAAAUAGUUCAAUGCCAGAUGAGUUGUGUUGAUUUUAAAAUUAAAACAUGACCAAUACACGCUUGAUGCCCUUGGUAAAGUGUAGCUCAUUAGGUGUAAAUUUGCCCUGGAACAUUUCAAGGGGCACCAAGGCGGAUGGUGGUAAUCGCCUCUGUUGCCCCCCAUGAAUUACCGGGCCUCCCAAUCUUCGUCUUGAAUCUUCAGUUGUAGAGAAAUUCCAAAUCUAGCUUGUAGAUUUUGGCAAACUUUAAUCUAUUUAACCACACCCAGGCCUGGAAUUUCAACAUAGAAAGGGCAACGCUGUUUGUAUUUUGAAAAGAACACCUCCUUUGGAAAAUCUUAAAUCAAUGGGAAAUUUUUGAAGGGGCACCAAGGCCAAUACCAGGGAAGUGGAGGGCAUGGCAUGGCUGUAAUUCCAGGCCUGCACAACUGUAUUUGUUUAUCUCUACAAAUAACAAGCCAUAGUUUUUUUGUAUUAAUGUUGCCCAAACAAAACAAAUAUAUAUUUAACUUAUACUUUAAGGUGUUGCCAGCUUGUAGGGUUAAAGCGCUUAUUAUCGGGUACCCUUUAUCUACUUUUUCUUUAAACAAGUGUAUUUGCUUUGAAGUAAAAUUCAACGAGGAGACAGUCGGUAUUUCCCUCACUUAGCAUGUGGCUGGUAACCCAUUUCUGCUAAGCAAGAUUUGUCUCUGCUCAGCAGAUUUGUGUUGAUGGCUGCUCUAUUGAAUGUACUCAUGUCAAUAUUAUGAAUAACUGUGAUUGAAAAUGACUUCUGCAUUAUCUGUAAUAAAGGAAAAGCUCACUAUGACUGCAUCCUUAA